UAAAGAUACUCUAGUAUCUUUGCCAAGAAACUCCCAAUUGGUAUCCCAAAGAGUGGACAUGAUGGAAAAAAACUACUCAAAAAAUUCAAGUUUUCAUUCUAUUGGGGAAACAACAUGAACAUAGGUAAUUGAGUACCAAACAUUUAAAAAAAAUAUUCUGUGAAAGGCAAGUAUGGGUGGAUUUAACAAUGAUGUAGAAGAAAGACCUCAUGUAGAUACUUGAGCUGAGUGUUGAAGGAAGUUCAGUAUUCUAAGUAGAGAUGGUUGAGGAGUGACUGCAUUCCAAGCCUGCUUCCUAGAACAGAUGGUAGAUGAAAUAUCUUGUACUAGGAACAGCAAGUAAUAAGAAUAGUUUAUCAACUAGAAUGUUUGUUAACCAAAAUAACCAUGCUAGGUAACCUAUUUGUUUAGUGACUGAAAUCUACUUAAAAUACCAAAGCUGCAACUUAAUGAAUUUACUUAACAUUCUCCUCCAAGGCAUCAGUAUGGUAUGGUGGUGCCCUUGAGUUUCAGAAGCCUGUGCCAAGAAAAUAAACUUUGGCAGGUCUUACCAAGCUGGAGAGUCUUCUCGUUUGAGCCUACUGACAAAUAUAGAACUCAUCUUCUGACUCCACAUCCAAUUGUCUCUUCUUCUGUUAAGUUGCUUCUAAAGGUGUUGCUAUGUACUUAAUACAAGAGACUACAUGAUAUGAUAUAUAAAUUCCUGAACUCAAGAAGAUCCAGGCUCCAGUUAUAUUGGCUUUGGAAACCUUGAGCUAGUCACUUAAGCUGUCAGUGUUCAAGAUAAUUCUCCAAGACUUCAUUUGGAGAUUUGAUGACAUGCUACAGAGAACAUUUUGAGCCUAUGGUUUUUUUUGGAGAAUUCAUUUCAAAGGUCUCAGAAGUACAAGAGGUAGAUAUACAAAUGUCUACCACAAGACGAAAGCGCAGCAUGUUAUGUAUUUUACCAUAAGCUGUCAUAAAAUGAGCUCAAUUGCAGACAGAGAUGAUGGUAGUAUUUUUGAUGGACUGGUGGAAGAAGAUGACAAGGAUAAAGCAAAAAGAGUAUCUAGAAACAAAUCUGAAAAGAAGCGGAGAGAUCAGUUUAAUGUUCUCAUUAAAGAAUUGGGAUCUAUGCUUCCUGGUAAUGCUCGGAAGAUGGACAAAUCUACUGUACUACAGAAAAGCAUUGAUUUUUUAAGGAAGCACAAAGAAAUUACUGCACAGUCAGAUGCCAGUGAAAUUCGACAGGACUGGAAACCAACAUUCCUUAGUAAUGAAGAGUUUACACAAUUAAUGUUAGAGGCUCUUGAUGGUUUUUUUUUAGCAAUCAUGACAGAUGGAAGCAUAAUAUAUGUAUCUGAAAGUGUAACUCCAUUACUUGAACAUUUACCAUCUGAUCUUGUGGAUCAAAGCAUAUUUAACUUUAUCCCAGAAGGAGAACAUUCAGAAGUUUAUAAAAUGUUGUCAACUCAUCUUCUGGAAAGUGAUUCAUUAACACCAGAGUAUCUAAAAUCAAAAAAUCAGCUUGAAUUCUGUUGCCACAUGCUCCGAGGAACAAUAGAUCCAAAAGAACCACCUACAUAUGAAUUUGUGAAGUUUAUAGGAAAUUUCAAAUCUUUGAACAAUGUAUCCAGUUCAUCACACAAUGGUUUUGAAGGAACCAUACAGCGAUCCCAUAGGCCUUCCUAUGAAGACAGAAUUUGUUUUGUAGCUACUGUUAGGUUAGCUACACCUCAGUUCAUUAAGGAAAUGUGCACUGUUGAAGAGCCCAAUGAAGAGUUCACAUCCAGACAUAGUUUAGAAUGGAAAUUUCUCUUCCUAGAUCACAGGGCUCCUCCCAUAAUAGGAUAUUUACCAUUUGAAGUUCUGGGGACAUCAGGGUAUGAUUAUUAUCAUGUGGAUGACUUAGAAAAUUUGGCAAAAUGCCAUGAACAUUUAAUGCAGUAUGGGAAAGGCAAGUCCUGUUAUUAUAGGUUCCUGACAAAAGGGCAACAGUGGAUUUGGCUUCAAACUCAUUACUAUAUCACUUAUCAUCAGUGGAAUUCAAGGCCAGAGUUUAUUGUUUGUACGCACACAGUAGUAAGUUAUGCAGAAGUUAGGGCUGAAAGGCGACGUGAGCUUGGCAUUAAGGAGUCCCUUCCUGAGAUAGCAGCUGAUAAAAGCCAAGACUCUGGAUCUGAUAAUCGUAUUAACACUGUUAGUCUCAAAGAAGCAUUAGAAAGAUUUGAUCACAGCCCAACUCCUUCUGCUUCAUCCAGGAGUUCACGGAAAUCCUCUCAUACUGCAGUGUCAGAUCCUUCCUCAACACCAACAAAGAUAGCAACAGAUAAUAGCACUCCUCCCAGACAACAUUUACCUGGACAUGAAAAAAUAGCUCAAAGGAGGUCAUCAUUUAGUAGUCAGUCCCUAAAUUCCCAAUCUGUUGGUCAGUCUUUAGCACAGCCAAUGAUGUCUCAAGCUACAGCUUUACAUAUUCAACAAGGAAUGUCACAGCCCAUGUUUCAGUUUUCAGCUCAGUUGGGAGCCAUGCAGCACCUAAAAGAUCAGCUGGAACAACGGACCCGAAUGAUUGAGGCAAAUAUUCACCGACAACAAGAAGAACUCAGAAAAAUCCAAGAACAAUUACAGAUGGUCCAUGGUCAAGGGCUACAAAUGUUUUUACAGCAGUCAUCCCCUGGAUUGAAUUUUGGUUCUGUUCAACUGUCUUCUGGAAAUUCAUCAAAUAUGCAACAACUUACUCCUAUAAACAUGCAAAGUCAAGUUGUUCAGGCUAAUCAGAUUCAAAGUGGAUUAAAUACUGGACAUAUUGGUUCUUCUCAGCAUAUGAUGCAACAACAGUCUUUACAAAGUCCAGCAACUCAGCAAACUCAACCAAACGUUCUCAGUGGACACAAUCAACAAACCUCUCUUUCCAGUCAGACUCAAAGCACGCUGACUGCUCCACUGUACAACACUAUGGUAAUUUCUCAGCCAACAACGGGAAACAUAGUCCAGAUUCCAUCUAGCAUACCACAAAACAAUAAUCAGGGUGCUGCAGUAACUACUUUCACCCAGGACAGACAGAUAAGAUUUUCUCAAGGUCAACAACUGGUGACCAAAUUAGUUACUGCUCCUGUUGCCUGUGGGGCAGUUAUGGUACCUAGUACUAUGUUUAUGGGUCAGGUGGUAACUGCCUAUCCCACUUUUGCUGCACAACAACAGCAGCCACAAACGUUGUCAAUCACACAGCAGCAGCAGCAGCAACAGCAGCAACAACCAAGCCAGCAGGAACAGCAGCUAACUACCAUUCAGCAAUCAUCUCAGGCUCAGCUGACUCAGCCAUCACAGCAGUUCUUACAGACUUCCAGGCUGCUUCAUGGAAAUCCUUCAACUCAACUUAUCCUCUCUGCUGCUUUUCCACUACAACAGGGCACUUUGACUCAGGCCCAUCACCAGCAGCAUCAGUCUCAGCAACAGCAGCUUGCCCGCCAUAGAACUGAGGGUUUGACUGAUCCUUCCAAAGUUCAACCACAGUAGCACAUCUGCCCCUUUUCUGACACUGAGGGGGAGAGAAGAGUGGCUGUUUCAUAAAGAGUUGCACUGAUGACCCGAUGAUGGUAGGAAAAAUUUAGACUAUCUAAGAUGCAGUAUUGGAAAUCUUUCAGGAGUGCUCUGUGGAAGUCCACACUAAGUACUAGCCAGCAGGAAGGUAAUCCUAGGGAUGUCGCCAAUUCUGACAGUGUUGUAGUUGUCCGGACUUUUUUUUUUUUUUUUUUUAAACUAAAUAAGAGCAUCAUGCCAAAUGUUAAUUUGCCCUAUGGAGCCUAAUCUAAAGUGAACCCAGAAGGGCACCAACAAUUUUCAUUUCUAGUAGUACUGUGCAUUUAUCCAAUGUUACAGUGGACAUGCUGUUGCCACACCUUAGGUUUGAAUUUUGCUAAAAAAAAAAAAAAGAAAAAGAAAAAAGAAAAAAAGAAAGAAAGAAAUCCCAUGAAGACAGUCCAGAAGACUUUGUCUUUUGUCAGGUGAUUAUGGGACAGUAAAUAUUUUCAGGAUGUUGUGUGGAAUCAAAUUUUCUGUUGUAUAGAUGCUGUAAAAUAUUGUGUAUAUGUCUGGAUAAAAAGAGAGCGCGCAAAAUAAUUUUAUAUGCUGCAUGGAAGCAUAUUCUCUUCUUUGUAGGUUUGAAUACAUUUCCUUAAAUUCUUGCACCACAUUCAGACUAAUACAUCCCUUUUUUGUUCCCUUUUGUUUACAACACGAUACAUCGUUCUUUUCACUCUUUUCUGGGGCACAAGUCUAUUUGUAUUUUAUCUGUGAUGUCACAGUUUGUUAAUGAGGUAUGAUGUGCUGCUGGGAGUGGAUUUUUUUCAGGUUAAAUUAUUUGAUGCAAUUGUUGGAACUGAUGGUCGUGCAACAGGGUUUUCAGGAUGUUCAGAAAUAUCCCUCGUCUCAUAAUUAUUCAAUUAUGUUUGAAAAUAGGAUUUGCACUGUUUUAUGUAUGUAGAUGGUUGGGAAUUUUACUCCCUGGAGUGAUCACAUCUUUUGAUAUAGUUCAUAGUUGGAAAUAUUUAUGUAAAAGUUUUAAAAAUAAUUUCAAGAAUAUUUCAACUAUAAGAGUAAUUUGCACAAAAUGUAUUUACAUUUUAGGCACUUUUUAACUUUCUCUGUGGUGGGAACUGUAACUUGUUAAAAUAUGUUGGAAAUCUUUUUAUUGUCUUUUACAAUUUCAAUGUUUCUUUUAGUCAGAAAUGAUUCAGGGUUGUUUGAAAAAAAAAAAAAAAGCCCCUAGUGCCUUGAUUUUGAUUCAGGUGAUAAUGCUGACCAUUGUUUGAACUAUGUUGUCUCGAUUCUGUAGCAAUAUUACAGUUUUGAAGUCUUAGUACAGUUUUAACAAAAUUAGAGUGUUAACUAAUAGUUAUUUUUCUCCCAGGGAAGACUACUUUAUUUCAACUGGAGAUCAUGUAUAAUUUGAAAAAAAAAAAAAAAAAAAAGUGACACCUCUUGUUUUUUUCACAGUCACUAAUAUCCAGAAUUUCAGAGCUAUCUUAAAUGUAGGCUUUGCUGUUUUAAAGCCAAAAUAUUUAAGAACCGAAUUGCAAAUUGACUUGGUAGUCAUAUAGUUUAAUAGAAAAAAUUAGGAAGCAGGAAUGGAUUAGUUGGAUACUCAAAAAUUAGAAUAAUGUGUUCACCAUGGUUUCUAAUAUGAACUAAAACUUAAGAAGAUAAAUUCAUGUUACAAAGAUAAAAAAUCCCAACAAAAAAGAUAUACUUUUAAAAAAAUGUUCUAAAAAAUAUUUUUAUGGUACUCGUAAUUAAGUCCACAUCUAUGGAGAAAAAAAAAUUAAUGCAGAGGAAGUCUUAUUAGGGUAUUUUAAAUUGCUACCUCCCUCUUCCCCAAGAAUGUUUAUCAUAGCAGUUAUUGGUAGUUUUUUCCCCCAUGAUAAUAACUGAACAUAGAAUGCUAGAUAACUAAAUUGAACCCUAAGGUUUUUUAAGAUCCACCAUGACUAAAACAUUGUUAUUCUUAAGGGUUAUACUUUUAGCUUUUCAUUGAUUUGCAUCCAACCAGCAACUAGUACAUUAAAAUGGAGGAAGAAAGUAGAAAUAAAAAAUAAAGAACCAAAGAAAGGUAGGACCUGCCUCUGUAAGAAGGAGCAGGACCAGAUACCAAAAUUUAACAUAUCAAGAAUCCCUUUUCAAGCUAUGUAAUCUUUCAGAAAAGAUUUGUCAUUCUUAUGAAUGAAAACUAGUUUUUACCCUGGUGUUCGCAUCUGAUUAUAAUCAUACAUAAGCAAAACUGGUGGUUUAGAAUGUUCAGAAUGAGAUAUUAUUUUCCCCUCACCUAAGAUUGCCUUGUUAAAAUUGUUACACCAUUCCACAUACAUGUAUCUGAACUCGAGUUUUAUCUGUUAGAGGUCUGUGCUGAUAAAAAUGAGAUAAAUAUGUAGAUCUUUUUAAGGCAUACUUGGAAACUCUAAGCAAAUACCUAUCAUCAAAGGAAAAACAGUGUGGCCUCUCAGUCCUGUAGCCUCAGGUUGAUAGAACCCAAGUGAAGCAGGAGAUUCCACUCUUGGCCAAGGAGUUAAUAAAUCAGCAAAUAGGUAUUCCCUGUUACCUUGCCUUAAAUAGUUCCUACCCAAUACAUAUUUUGAAUAGAAAAUCAAGAGAAAUCAAUUCAGUGCCUAAUUCUCACUCCCCUCCUCCAAAUUCUCAUUUUGAAACAGCAGCCACUGAAAUGAAAUAGUCUUCAUCCAGCCACCACUUACUCUCCAUCCCCUUAUUUAUGUCUCUCACUCUCUUCCUGCUAUCUCCCUUGAACUAGGUAGACAAGUUUCUAAAAUGUUUCCAACUUCGUUGGAGGAUGAAGGUGUCAGGUGAAGCUAUUCUAGCAAUUGCUUAAUUCUUAAAUUCAAUCUGUUCCUUACAAGGAAAGACCAUAUAAAUGCAACCUUUCAGAAUCUAGAAAAUCCUUUUCUCCACUAAAUCCUCCCUCUCAAACAUAUCUAAAAGAAUCUUUUGGCACUAAGCAGCACUUUUAAGAAUAAGAGAGAACUGAGGAAAAAAAAAAUUUGUGCUUUAGCACGUGGGCAGAGAAUUUCAGAAAGUAAUCAAUAACUACUGCAGAGAGUGCUAGUCUGUUGGAACCCAGAUGCUUAUUCUCCUGUUUUAGAGCCAAAAUGUCUGAAAGAGGAAAUGAGAUUAUGUAAUCAUAAGCAUAAUGAUUCAGGAUUGAUUCUCUGUACCAUCUCAUCUGAUGAAAAUAAUCCUUUGACAUUUAUAAACUUGAUAUGUACAGGAAUAUAUUUGGUAAUAAUAGGAAACUAAGGCAAUCUACUGGUUUUAAAUAUAGCAACUUGGAGUAGAAUGUAUUGAAAAUGGAUCUCUUGUAUGAUAUUAUAGGCCUUGCCUUAAAAAGAAUGUUGUCCUAUGAGCUAUUGAAUUAGCCUACAGUAAGAGCUCUGUGAUUCAGAAGUCUUGAAGAAAAAGCCUUAGAGAAGAGCACUUAAAAUGGAAUUGUUUCCCUUGCUAAUAAUUUAUGGAGAAAGAUUCCAUGUAACUGGAAAAUUGUUCAAAGUAUUCAGAACACUUCUGCCAUAUCUAGACAAACUUUGAAAGAAUAGAAAGCAUAUGGCUUUCUACCUGACACCCAUUUUCUACCUACUUUUUUUUUUGUCCGACAUUUUCAUUAGUGACUUUGAAUGUAUGGGUAAGCAUGUUUUGCUUGUGUCAAACUCAUUCAAGUAUAUAUAGCCUCUCCAAUGUCUAUGACCCUGCUUAAAGGUCCCAUGGGAGUAAUAAUGUUGGAAGGUACAAACACUGGAUAUUAACAUUGCUGAAGUGAGUCUGACAAAGAAGCUAGAGCACUAGAAUAAGAAUUGUGGAAAGGAAAUUGCACAAAGGCACUUAGCCAUUUUGAGGAAGAUUUAGAUGAAGAUGUGCAUUUUUUUUUUUUUUUUUUUUUGGUUUGUUUGAAUUGGGUAAGAACUUUCUGAACUGAGCUCCUAAAGUCAUUGCAAAAGAAAAGAAAUAUAAAUAUUUUUAUAGUAUAUUUAAUAUAUAUAUUUGUAUAUAACUGUAAAAGUAUAGUAGGAGCCCUUCACAUGCCUUCCAUUUUAAUCUAGUUUACUUUUGCCAUAGCGCUUAGUGUUUUCCCAUCUGUAUAGGUAAUGUGCCUACUGUCAGCUUACCAAAAGAUAGUAUUGCUGCUUUCUGGGACAGGUGAGAACCAAUUUCUCAUGCCUGGGGAUCCUUUUACAUAGGGAAUAAUGACAAACCUUUAAAAAAUUCAAAUCUAGUACUGUCUAAAAACAUCAUCUGGAUAUGUCGAGCACUUUAUUACAAUUACUCAUUUUAACAAACAGUUAAUCAUUAUAGAUGUUAUUCCCAAAGGGCCCCCAAAUCACCAUUUGAAUAAUAAAGUUGAAGCAUUUCUGGUCUAAGCAUUUAGACCCAGUGAAUCUUUGGUUUAUGGGAGUGAUUUCACAGUGUCAAAACCACUUGGCUCUCUGUUGUUUUUUUAAUAUUGAAGGAAUUGUUUGUAGGUGAAUAGUUCCAUUUAGAGAUUUUCUUAAACCUGUCUUGCCUUUUGUAUGGCUACCAAAAAAAGAAAAAAAGAAAAAAAAAAGACCAAUGAGCCUGUUUGUAGUUUUCAAAGGUCUAGAAAAAUCUGCUUCUGAGUAGGAGUAUAGAUCUAAUGUUCAAUGAAUUGGUAGUAGCAAAUAUUAGAAUAUAACAGUUUUAAGAAGCAAACCAAAUUGUUCUGAAUGUUUAAAUGUUGUGUCCUACAGUGUUGGCAGGCCAUUUUUAAUGUCUUUAAAAUUGUUCUUGAAACAGUUCUGAACUAGAAAACCUGGGGAAAUGGCUGCUUUAGACAAGAUUGAGAAAAAUCUGUUAUUGAAUCUUAUGUUAAUUGUCUCCUUUGGAAAAAGUGGAGAUGAUUGAAAUGUAUUGAGAUGGUUAUUAAUGCAGGAUGUUAGAAACUGAAUGUUGACAAAUUCAGAAGAAAUGAUCAAACUUGGACAUUAAAAAAAAAUUUAAACUGCUGUCCACAAGAAUUUUGCAAUUUUCUUCAUGUCCUAACUUAACACUACAUUCCUUAUUUUUCUUAAAUAAAGCAGUAAUUUAAAGGUUUUGUGAUGUUUUCAGUGCUUUAUGCUUUGUUAGUUGCCUGGGUUUCCCCAGUCUGAUGCUCUUUAUUGAACUAAAAUAUUUGUAAAGAAAAUUAUGUAAGAAACCCUUACCCACCAGCAAACACUGAGAGGUGCUGCACUGAGACAAUCAAAAUAGUAUUUAUAAUUUAGAAAAUGGUUUUAAAGGAAUAAUUGCUUUGAAAGCUUUAAUGUGAUUUAUUAAAAGACUAAAACUAUUUUCAAAUGUAUCUGAGUGUUAAAUUUCUUACUAAAGUGAUUUCUGUAUUCUUUUUGCCUUUGGAUUGGCAUAAACAAACCCUUUUAUUUUAGGCCCCUGCUACUUAUCACUUUCAUAGUCAUCUUUAGCUAUCUAAGCUUAUGUAGUUCAUCAGUGAAGGAACUAUAAUCCUGCUUCUAAAAUACAGCAAAAAUAUCUUGUUGCCCUACUGCUCUAAACUGUUUUUUUUUUUUUUUUUAAUCUGAAUAAUGGUAAUUUCUUCAAAAAAACUUUUAUUUCACUUGUUGCCUUUUCUAUUCUGUAGGAUUUACUUGUUGUUCAGGUUUUUUGUAAAAGUAUAAAAGGCACUUUAUUUGUAAUUCUUUCCCUAGUGCAGCCAAAGGAUGCACAGAACCUAUGGCACAUUUUGCCCCCCUGGUGUGUCUACUUCUCAAAUUCUUGAGAAAAUGACCAGUAUCUUUUAAUGGUUUAUGUUACUUACCCCACUACUUUAUUCCAGGAGGCACAGAAGUGGUGCAAUGUCUUCUGCAUAAUAAAAUCAUUAAGUCUUGUCUUUCUGUGUUAAUGUUGGGUUGAUCCCCACCCGAUCUCGUUAUUGUUCGUCUCCAUUCAUAGCAUAGUCUGAUGACGUGUUAUUUGGACAGUUAAAGCAGGUAGGGAAGUUUUGAUUUGGUAACACAUUGUUUCAGGUGGAUGUUGAAUCUAUAGAUUAGUCAUACCAGAAGAGCCUCCCAAGUUUUGGAUGUCCAAAGAAGGCACACUGACUUUUGGUAAUGUAAAAAAUUGUCUUUGCCUUGAAAUGGGUUAAAGUCGAAUAUAUGAUAAACAUGCUUUUAAAUUUUCUAGGCAAACAAACUGUGACAUCACUUGAAGGGUGACAUUGUUUGAAAUGUUCUUUGUGCUUUAGUUAAGACUCCUGGUGCAGGUUCAUUGCUGGCAAUGUUUGCACCAAAAUAUCUGGCACUAAAGAGUUAUCACCAGGGAAGCUCUGUAAAUGUUUUAUCUUGAAAUUCUUGUCCCCAUGGUGUUACUGUGUUAAGUAACUAGACAAUCAUUUUUUGAACAAAAUGUUCAAAACAAUCUAUUCCCCACCCCCACCCCCCCAGAUGUCAACCAAAACAGGUAUAAUUUUUUUAGACCACUGCUAGAACUAUUUUCAAAUGCAUUUUACUGUGGUAUACAUUUGAAAAGAGCCUCAGCAACAAGGAAAUUCCAUGUUCACUUCAUAUAAAAAUUAAAACCCAAAGACAAAUUAAAUUGAUGAUGUUCUGGAUACAAAUUUUAAAACAAACGAUUUAUCUUUGUAAAUUUCUAAUUGUUAACAUCUGGUAGUAGUAAUAAGAAUAAGCGUUUUUUGGAGUAAUGUGUUCUUAAGUGUCUCUCUGUCCUAUUAUUCCUGUUCCUGUUGAUUCUUGAUCUGAAUUAGAUGAAAAUAUGCCUCAAUUUUAUAGGGGCUAAUCACUCAGAUUAAAGAGACAAAAUGUUAACUCUCAAAAGGAACUGCUGAAUGAAUCUUUGGUAUAAAACAUUUAGCUAAGUAACGAUAAUCACUCUUUUUUUCUGGUUUGCUACAAUAUGUUCUGCCAGAAUCCUACACUGCACCAAGUAUGAGGGCUACUAAAUUAAGGGGAUAGAGUACACAAGGCACACGCCAUUAUAAUUUUAAUUUUGUUCCAUAAAAAUUUUGCCAAGUUAAUGUUGCCUUUUGGGCUUUAGUAUUUAUUACAGCUGAUUUAUGCUCGUUUUCUGGCAAUACUCCAAUAUGUACCAUUUGAAAAGGCAAGUCAGUAGCUUACUACCUUUCACUAUAUGGCCAAAAAAGCCCUAUAGUCUACAUUAUUGUUUUGCCAAGUUAUCUUUAGGAAUUUGUGUAAAGCUUUAAAAACAAACAAACCAACCUGUACUACUACUAACAAUGCAUUUUUCCUUAGAAUACUGUACUCAGAACUUUAGCAAAAGAGCCAAACAAUAGCAUGUUUUUUUCUUGAUGUAAAACAAAACGACAAAAAAAACUAACAACCUUUUGUUUUCUUUUAUUCAAUUUUGAAAAUAAAAACAAUACCUCAAUACUAA